AUGCACGGCAAGGAUGUGGCCGAUCAACCGUGCAAGUGCUCCUGGAGCAAAGAAUGCAGCGAAAAUGAAAGAGGAAUAAAUCAGGUUACACACUUUUAUGUUGGAAUUGCAAUGUUGAAUUUAUCAAUUAAUCGUAUUUUAGAGAUUAAGACACAACAUGCCCGAAGCGUGAUGUGGACAUUAGUAGCCGUUAUGUCCACCACUGCAGGAGAAGUUGGCUUGCUUUUGCAGACCAUGUCAUGCAGCCCAAAGACGACGCGUUAA